AUGAUACCAUACCAAGCUGAAAGCACAGGCUUCGGCAAGUCGCUCUGCUUCCAGCUCCCUGCCGCGGCGUCGCCGGGUGUCACCGUCGCCAUCACUCCUCUCGUCGCCCUGGCUGCUGACCAGCUCCGCGAGUGCGGUGAGCGAGGCAUCUCUGCGGCGUCGUGGUCGGCGUCGCUCGACGCGGCGGCCCGAGACGCUCUGGCGGCGGACCUGGAGGAGGAGGCGCCCGACACCAAGCUGCUCUACCUGACGCCCGAAGGGCUGCAGACGCCGCGCGUCAAGGAGAUGCUGCGCAGCCUCCACGGGCGGGGCCUGCUCGCUGCAUUCGCGGUCGACGAGGCGCACUGCGUCAGCCAGUGGGGGCACGACUUCCGACCGAGCUACCUCGAGAUUGGCGCCAUCCGCAGCCAGCUGCCCGGCGUCCCCUUCCAAGCGCUGACGGCGACGGCGACAGACAAGGUCCGCGCGGACGUGUGCCGCUCGCUCCGCCUGGCGGACGAGGUGCGGGUCAUCGGCUCGGUGGACCGGCGCAACCUCUUCUGGAGCGUCGCGAGCGGCUUCGUGAGCGACGAGGACGAGCUGGAGGACCUCUACGAGUGGCUGUGCGACCACGAGGGCAGCGGGAUCAUCUACUGCGCGUCGCGCAAGGGGUGCGAGACCCUCGCGACGACCCUCUCGGAGGCAGGGGCGCGCGAGCGGCUGCAGCUCGACUUCCUCGACGGGACUGCGCGCGUGCUCGUCGCGACCAUCGCCUUUGGCCUCGGCGUCAACAAGCCGGACGUGCGCUGGGUCCUGCACUGGGACCUGCCAAAGAGCCUCGCCGCGCUGGUGCAGGAGGCGGGCCGCGGAGGCAGGGACGGCGCGCCGGCCGUCUCUCGCGUGUACGUCAACGAGCGGCGCGGCUCCGCCGACGAGCGGCGCGGCGGAGGCACCAGCGGAGGAGUGAGGCGCUACUGCGACACUCGCUCGUGCCGGCGCGACACGCUACUCGCCCACUUUGGGGAGGUGGCGUCGGCUGAGGGCGCGCGGGCCGCGCCCGAGAGCUGCUGCGACCGCAUCGUCCCGCCGUGCGCAAGCGCAGGCAUCUUCCCGUUACAGUUGGCAGAGGUCGGACUUCAUGGGCUCGAGUGCGAACGUGCGAGGGUGACGCGGGGUUGA